CAGGUUCGUAAACGCCGAAAUCGGCCGAGUUGCUCCUCGGCGGGAGCCCAGUGCCGACUCUCAGUCCCGCUGUGAACGCAGCAAGGAACACCACGGAUGUUUCACCCUCCCUGUUCGGUGCGUCGGAGACGUUGACGCGAGUCGUGCUCGUCAUCGUCAGCGUCAGCGCGAAACGUAAGCGUCGACGCGGCUGGAACAUCGAACCGUAGGUGCUUUCGGCGCGAUACGCAGAGUCACCAGGGUGAAAUCGGGGGGAAGAAACGUUCUAGGGGAUUCCCAGGUCGUCGUUUCUAACGCGAACAGACUAUCCGGAUCCGUCGAGUGCUCGCGUCUAGGUUUCGGAGCGCAGACACGCGCGCAACGACCAUUUGGAGCAACGUUCGUUGGACUAAGUGAAUAAUAGAUGGACGGUGCAAGGAUCUGAGCAGUGAACUUGUAUAGUGUAAUCGCGUAGACAGUGUACUUUUGCCAGUGAUACUUGAGUGAGAAACUUCCGGGGAAAAUUAGAGGCAGAAAGCGGAAAGCCCCGUAACUCGUUCGCGAGACAUGAACUCCCAGAUUGUUAACUGAUAAACGCUCGAUCCGUCGAUCACGAUGAUGAACGCUUUUCUGGACGGUAUGCCCUCGCACCCUCACCACCUGGCCAAUCUGGGCAUCAAACUGUCGCCGGGCGGUGGCGGGGCCACGGGAGGAUCCACGGACCCCGGGACAGGUGUGCAACCCGCGCCGGGCGAAGCUCCGUCCCAACAGCAUCACCACUUCCAUCCCCAGGGCUACCCUCCUCACCAUCCUCAUCCGGCGUCGCACAUGGCACCGCACAUGGGCCACCACAUGAGCCAUCACCCCGGCUACGCGGCUCGCGACUUUCUGCUACGCAGAGAGCACGAGUUCAACGCGACCGCGAACCCGACCACCCCCGAGAGCGGCCUAGGUCUAUUUACCCCGUUGCACCACGACGGCACCGCCGCGACGAUGCAACAGUUUCCUCACCAUCCGAGCCAACAUCCCCUCGCGGCCAGCCAUUAUCCCGGGCAUUAUCCGCAGGACUCGAGGCUACCUCCUCAUCAUCAGUACUUGGGCGCGCCGCAUUUGACCCCCGCGUCGAUUCAUCAUCAACAACACCCGGCCGUCAGUCAUCCCAGCCAUCACCCCCAUGGUGCUUUCUUGAGGUACAUGAGGAGCAACGGGAGCAGCGGCGGUGCUACGGGUGUACCCGGCGGGCAACGCCAGGAGAUGUCCUGCAUGUGGGUCGACCAGGACGCGCCGGGACCCGGAAGGAAGCUGUGCGGCAAACUCUUCAACUCCCUCCACGAUAUCGUCACGCACCUCACGGUCGAACACGUGGGCGGGCCCGAGUGCACGACGCACGCGUGCUUCUGGCAAGGAUGUGCGCGUAACGGCAGGGCCUUCAAGGCCAAGUACAAGCUCGUCAAUCACAUAAGGGUGCACACCGGAGAGAAACCCUUCCCUUGCCCGUUUCCCGGCUGCGGAAAGGUUUUCGCCAGGUCCGAGAAUCUCAAGAUCCACAAGAGGACUCAUACUGGAGAGAAACCGUUCAAGUGCGAAUACUCCGGCUGCGAGAGGCGGUUCGCGAACAGCAGCGAUCGCAAGAAGCACAGUCACGUCCACACGUCCGACAAGCCUUACAAUUGUCGGGUUUCCGGCUGCGACAAGUCCUACACCCAUCCUAGUUCGUUGCGCAAGCAUAUGAAGGUGCACGGCAUGACCCUGGGCGAGGGCAAGAUAGGAGGGGGCUACGAGAGCGAGGGUGAAGAGAGCAGCAGCAGCGGGGGUAGCUUGUCCGUGACCGGGCACACGGAGUCUCCUCAGCCGCCUCCGGUUGUCCCGACAACGACCACGACCAACCCACCGUCGAGUCAUCCUUCGACCAGAGGCCCGGAAUUGACGGAAUGGUACGUCUGUCAGCCUCCGACCGUGGGUCCUCAGCACAGUCCGUUGCCAGGACCUCCGCCACCCCAUCAUCUUGGCCCGCAUCAUUUCAACCCGCUGAUGCAUCAUCAGGCGACUGCUUACUAGGUCGACCAGUCUUUCGAGAGAUCGAUCUAGCAACUUCGAUUCGGACCCAGGGGAUGAACCUGGUUGCUCCAUUUUCGCGACCCGAGGCGAGCGGAAGGGACGUUUUGAAGAACGAGGGUAUUGCUGGUUAUCGUGACAGUGCCUCGAAUGAUGCGUGGAGUCUUUGAUUCCGCAAGAACCUUGGACGACUCUCGAUCAGACGAGUUUUCUAGUUUAUCGGCGACAAAAUCAUAGACGAAGGUACAGUACCCUGUCACUCCGUUCUGGGCACCCUUCGAAUGUAUCUAUCAAUUUUAUUUAACUGAUCUCUGGCUAUUGACAGCAGGUUCGAAGGGCUUGAAACACAAAUUUAACACAACACUGAACACAAAUCACGUCUUAUUUCAUUAACGAGACUCCAAACAGUGCAAAGAUUGUAACGUUUCUCGAUAUUUUACUAAGGAGACACAGUAGAAGAUCCAUGGUGCCCAUAACCCAAUGACAAAGUACUGUAUACUCGUGACCAAAGUUUCCAACGAACUCGACUGUCGUUAGUAUUUAUUUUCUCUGGACUCAUGGUGAUUGUCUUUAAAUCAAUCAAGAGACGAUUUUCGUCCUGUAUCCACGGGCGAUCUCUACGAUAGGUGUACAAUAAAUUACGAUAGUUCGGUGUACCACGAACCAAAAAGAAAGUUACCUCUAUCCGAGCGGCGAGGUGCGAGGACUGUAAAUACGAUUAACGUAAAUCAACGUGGACGCUGAAGAAUAGGCAGAGAGAAAGAGAUGUCACGAGGAGUCGAACACGAAUGUACACUCGCGGGCAGCGUACGCUUCUAUGAGCAAAAUGGCGACUUCAAAGGGGAGUUAUCGCUGGUUGGUAAAUUUUAACUUAGGGAGUGGAGAUUUGAAACUUUGGGGAUUUGGAUGUUUGGAAAGUAGGGAGUUUCGGAAUUUGGGGAUUGAA